AUGUCAAUAUUACCUCUAUUGCAUGAGCUGUUAGAUGACCGCAGGCGGCAUCCAAUGUGUGACCUGUAUGACCAACAUUUUGGAAGAGGUAUUUGGAAUAAUGAGAUCUUACAGCCUACAACAGCAUUCCUUUUGAGUCCUAUGCGGAGCGGAUACUUAAGACCUUGGAGAAAUAUGAAUGUUGAUGAUUCUGGAGUUUCGUCUAUUCAAGCAGACAAAAGUGGACUCCAUAUAAAUCUUGAUGUACAGCAGUUUAAACCCGAGGAACUUAAAGUUUCAGUUAAUGAUGGAUUCAUUGUUGUUGAUGGUAAACAUGAAGAACGUUCUGAUGAGCAUGGUUUCAUCUCUCGCCAAUUCACACGACGGUAUAAGAUUCCAGAUAAUAUUGAUGAGGCUGCGCUUGCAUCCAGUCUGUCUUCUGAUGGUGUACUGACAUUGAGAGCUCCUCCAAAGGCUUUGCCUGAAUCAAAAUCUCGGGAGAUUCCCAUCACUCACACCAACAAACCAGCAGUCAAAGAAUCCAAACAGGGUGAAGGAGAGAAAAUGGAGCAAUAA